UCAACCAGGGGGAAUGUGCUUUUCGAUGUGUGUAUAAGAAAAACAUUUUUGCUGGCUCUGCAACAGUUCAAAACUGUUUACAGGUCUGGCUUUAAAAUGCCAAAUGGAUAACGUAUCCUGUCAACUGUUGGUUUACUCAGAGCAACUGCAGAAGCCAUUCACAAUGGCCUCCUCGGUGCAGAAGCUUAGUCACUAAGUAUGACAGUAGUCAACAACAUAGAUUUUUUUUGUUGUACUAUUGUGGUACUGUGUGCUAAGCCCAAACUCAUCACUCCUUUGGCUCUAUGGAAGAGAGGGCCAAACAGAACUGUUUAACCUGAACUGCAGGGUGAUAGACUUCAUCCACAGUUUGAAGGAGAGAUGUUAUCUGGAUUCUCAAGAUGUACUCUACAGACUAUGUGGACCUGAUGGACAGGACAGGGGAGCUGGUGAACCUGAGUGUAAAGGAGAAGAGCAUGGAGCAGGCCAGCAGUCUGAUGAAGGAGAGGCACAGCUACGUUCUCAUACGCAUCUGCAGAGGUGAUGGGACUGAAGGGCAGAAGUACGUGCCACUCCUAAAUGACCUUGACAAGAGCCAUCCCGAGUUAGCAGAGGUCCUAAAGAAGCUCUCCAACCCAUGUAAGGAGCAGGAAGAAAAGGGUGGUCCCUCAAGGAAAGGUUCUGUCAAUCAGAUCCGGCGCAAGCCCACUGCUGGAAACAAGAAGAACCAUCCUGGAAGACUUAAAAAGAUAUGAAGAAAGGAGAGGAGGAAGGCUGAAAAAGAUGGUGAUGGACAUGUAUGUAUAGAAAGCUGUGGACCACAUACAUGUAAUUGUGUUGGUGCUGUGGUUCUCUUCACUCCAAUUAUUUUUUACUUUGGUAAAUUUAGGUUGAUAAAUUAACAUUCCCACAUAUCCCUUGUCAUGGCGUUGGGCCGGUGGAUAAGGUUUAUGACCCCCCCAUAAAUACCUUUCUCCCUUCCCUCUCUCUUGACUCUACAGAGGAACUCUUGAAUAGCCUUUGUUAAUCAGGGAGUCUGGGAACAUCAAACAAGUGGAGGGAAAGGAACCAUAUUUCGGUAAUAGAACCAGUUGAAAAUAUGCAUUAUGCAGGUACUUAAUGAAUAUGAUGUCAGUUCAGUUGUCAUCUGAGACAUUAUGACUGAUGACAGGACGACCUAAACUGUAUCUGGGAAAGUCUACACAUUAUAGUUAUCAGAUUCACGUGGAAUUGUUGUGCAAUUCAAAUUUUUAAAUAUAAAAUUAUUGGUGAAAAGAUUAAAUGUAAUUUUAGCUUCCAAAUGAGAGAUUUGGGUUUUCAUAAGGUUAGGCAUGGGUUAGACAUGGGCUUUAAACUAUGAAACACACCCUUCUCCCUCCACUAUAUAAAAGCCCUUGACGAUAAUGUAACCUCCUGUUCCGGGUACAUUAGGAUGACGAUCCGAUGUCAGAAGGAUUCAGAUAAUAACUACAGAACGAAGCCAACCUCAGCAUGAGCUUUGGUUGCGAAUGGUAUGAACUUUGAACUCUUAUUCGCUACAGAAGUGAUACCUCCUAGCCGUUGAGUUAGCAGCGGCCGCUGUAAACAUGGGCUAGGAGAGGACAGACAGAGUAUCCCAUCUACCACACAACGACAACACUACAACAUUUCCCGUUCACCACCAUAGACACUCUUCAAAGGAUGGAAGAACUCUUGGGCAACUCGACCUUCCAUCUACCACCAACCUAUUGAAGCGCAGCUCAGAGUAAAUAUUCAUUAUGUUUUCCUUUUCCAAAUGGGCAGUAAUUUAGAAUGCAUACGAUCCUGUAUUUACGAAAGAGACAUCGCUUCUCCCUUUGUUCUUCAGUCUUCCUGCUCUUUCACUCAAACCCAACCCCCAUUUUCUUUGUGUAACCAGCUGUCAUAUCUGUUCCGUCCGCUAGGGACAUUUUCUUUAUGACAUAAUUUG